AUGAAGUUCUCCAUCGCUAUCCCUCUGGGCUUCCUGGCCGGUGCCGGUGCCGUUGCCCUGCCCGCCCCCGCCCCCAAACCCCAAGGCAUGCCAUCCUUCUCCCCCUCCGGCUCCUCGGCCAGCCUUCCCUCCGGCUUGCCCUUCGCUAUACCCUCCGGCUUACCCUCCGGCCUCGCAUUCCCCAUGCCCUCCGCCUCCGCCUCCGCCUCCGGCCAGCCCGACCUCACGGGCCUCAGCGCCCUCGCCAAGGCCGAACAAGACUACUACUCCAAGCUGUUCGGCGGCUUCCCUGCCGGUGCUUCUCCCUCCGGCACGGCUGGCUUUGGCUCCGGCUCUGCUUCCCCGGCGUUCCCCAUGCCAAGUGGCGGUGUUCCCACUCCUGCUAGCAGCUACCCCAUGCCAUCUGGUGGCUUUGGUGGGUUUCCUGCUUCUCCUCAGCAGAGUGCCCCGUCGAUGGCUGUUCCAUUCAACGCUUAG